AUGCGCGGCCGCCAACCCGACGCCAUCAGGCUCAUCCAGUCGGAAUCCGACGACGAGCGCAAACCCUCUUUGUCGCCCGAUUCCCCAGACCCCGCAUCCACAAUGGUUGUCGUGCAAUCUCCACCCAUCUUCGGACCCGACCGGCCUUUCCCCUCUCACAUUAUCGAUCUUCUCAAGGAAUAUCAUCGACAUAAUGGGCCCCGGGCGCCGCAGUUCGCAUACAAGGGACGACCGUCCUCCCCGUCAAAAGUGUUUGAUCGGCAGGGUAAGGAAGUUGAUUUGUCGCUGUUUUCUAUCGUCGAGCCCUGCCAGUACAGGGUCCUGGUGCUUCAUCGACCGGGGGUACGGGACAAUCUGGUGACUUGCCAUCUGCCGUACGCGUCGAAAUAUGGGACAUAUUUGAUGGCGUGGCUGGGGGAGGAGAAGGGGUAUGAGACAGAUUGCUGCGCCGUGAGAAUUUUCAAUCGCGACCUCAAUGCGAUUCGGUUUUCACAUCAGGUGUGGACGGCGCUGGAUGAUAUGAGGAUGAAGUCUCAGGGCGUGUCACAGACGAAGGAUACUACGCUCAAGAACAAGAGGGUCGAGACGCCGCGGUCGACCAGGGCGACCAGGGCGAAUGGUGCUGCAAAUGGCCGGAGUGCCAACACCAGCACGAAUCGCAACACCAGCACAUCCAACAAAACUGCCACCUCAAUGAGCAAUGGAAACAGCCACGCAGAUACCGAUUCCGGAAGCGAAUACGAAACAUAUUCUGGCUCUGACGACAGCUCGGAAGAGGAAACGUCGGACGAAGAGGAGGUAUCGUUACCGCCGGCGAAAAAGGUGAAGACUGUACCAGAGACUCCCACUGCGCGGUCGACUCCAGGCUCGGCGGUCUUCAAGCUGGUCUCCUACAAGUCCGGAGCCAUUCGGUGCUUUCCUCUAGAGGAAUGCAAGACGGGCAAGGACCUGUUCCAGAAAGCUCGCGAUUUCUUUCGUCUGUUUGACCGGAAAGUGGACGUGAAGAUCCUGUCCUGUCAGAUCUCGUCGCGGGCAGAACAGCAUUAUUUAUUUGAGGGUAGCGAGGGAGAAUUUGCGUUGCUUGUCGAGCAGGUCAAGGGGACUCAGGCAGGGGGGAGGUGCACGGUGGAAAUUGGACAUGUUUUGUCGUGUUGA